AUGAACGGCUGGGGCACGUGUCAACUACAAGACACUCAAGCAGAUGCACGAGAAGAAGACAAUGGAAGAUCUACAUCGAUUGAGUACAGCGCUGAUGACAACCCGUUUUGUAAAGGCUGCGUGUAUGUGGAAAAGGGCUACAAGGAAAACAUUUUAGAUUUCAAACCCAUAAGUGAAAGAAUUUGCAUCUUGAGGUUUAAAACGAGGUUCUUUCUUCAACACAUCCAUAAUAAACUUUCACGCAGAAACAGAGGAAAAGAUGACCAAAGGAAAGAAAGUCUCUAUCAAGAUCUGGAACGAGCAUAUGACACAAUACCGUUCAACGACAUCAAAUUGGUGGUAGGUGACUUUAAUGCAAAAAUAGGAUGGGAGCCGAUAUACAGGGAUGUAGUAGGCAGACAUAGUCUUCACUCUGAAAGUAAUGACAAUGGAAUGCGUGUGGUGGACUUCGCGAUCUCUAGAGGCAUGGUGGUGAUGUCAACUCAGUUUUCUAGAAAAGACACACAAACGGACAUGGACGUCCCCGGAUGGAAGGACGCAUAUCCAAAUAGAUCAUGUCCUGAUAGAGAAAAGAGGAGCGUCGAGCGUCACGAACGUCAGAACAUACAGAGGCGCUAA